AUGCUUCCUUUGUUCAAAGCGGUCCUCGCAGACCGGUCAUUCCGAGUGAAGGUUGUUUGCACAAGUACACAUCAUCUGGCUAGGUCACUGAUGAAGCGGCUUGCGUUACCCGUCGUGCUCUUUUUCCUUGGUUGGGUCUCGGGGUUGAAAAACCUCGAUGUAACUCGAGUUAUUGAUUUGGAGAGUUCUGUAGUUCGGGUCGAACACGCAAUUACACUUGACGAGCCCACUGAUGACUAUGAAUUCCAUAUUCAUCCCUCCGAGACUGACCAUGUGUCCAGUGUGUCUGCUUGGCAUGGGAAGAACAAAGACGCAUUGGAGGUUCGACUUGCGGCUGGAAAGUCAAACGUUUACCGGAUCGGUGUAAAGAAGUCCUCAACCCCAAUUCAAUUCACAGUUGCUGUCGUUCUCACCAAUGUUCUAGAGCCGAAGCCAGCAGAAGUCUUGCAGGCUCAGAGUCAGUUUGUUAAGUACACUGGAAACGUGAUGUUCUUCACACCGUAUACGACUGAAAGACAGAAAACGACGGUGGUUUUGCCACAGGGUGAACUUCUGAGGUAUACAUCUGCACCUGAACCUAUAACGAAACAGCCACGCAAACUGGAGUAUGGCCCAUAUGAAGGAAUAGGCGCAUUCACGCACAUACCUCUGCAUGUCCACUUCGAAAACAACAAGCCUUUCUUGACGGUUAAGAAAAUGACCAGACUAAUUGAGAUUUCUCACUGGGGGAACAUCGCCGUGGAAGAGUCUUUAGAAAUUCAGAAUACGGGUGCAAAACUCAAAGGACCAUUUUCUAGACUGGAUUUCGACAUGGGAGUUGGUCAACGGGUCGCUAUUUCCUCGUUCAAGACUGCGUUACCGGCCGCGGCAAGAGAUAUUUACUACAGGGACGAUAUUGGCAACAUCAGCACAAGCGCGGUCGCGGAGACGCUAGAUGCCUUAGAAGUCCGCCUGUCCCCAAGGUUUCCGUUGCUUGGUGGGUGGAAAACCGAGUAUAUCCUGGGGUACAACGUGCCGGCUCAUCAGUUCCUCUACCGAACCGGCUCCAAAUUCACACUGCGGAUGCGUAUCGUGGACCACAUCUAUGAUGACCAAGUUGUUGAGCAUCUAACUUUGAAGAUUGUUCUGCCGGAAAUGGUUUCCGACAUAGAAUUCAUUCCGCCUUUCUCUGUAACUGAGCAACCGCGAGAGGUUUUGAAGACAUAUUUGGAUACCGUAGGGCGGACCGUUCUUGUUUUCACCGCGAAAAACUUAGUCACUGAACAUAUCCUUGAUUUCACUGACGAGAAAGCCGAACUGCGCAUGCGCGCCCAGGCUAUUGUUGACGAGGCACAGGAAUUAUAUAAACGGCGUACGUAUGUCUAUCAAAGUUACGAAGAUGCAAUCAACCGAUAUAAAGCUAGCAAAGACGCCACACAGUUCGCCACUGAUCGUCGUAAGUUGGACGCGGAACAUAAAGAAAUCAACCAAACAUUGGCCCGUGUGCAGACGAAAUUGAGUGAAUUAUGUUUGGAAAGCAGCGAAAGGUUGAAAGAAGUGAUGGCAAUGGACGUCGCCUAUCGGGACCUUCUGCAUGAGAGUGCCCAACAAGCUGAGCGUGUAUUAACUGGGAAGAUUACGAAACAGCAGUACCAGACUGCUGAUAGUGACACGAGUGUGAAGAAAGCUGAUCUCAUCGGUCGAAUGGACGCUGCCAUGGACAGCCUGUGAACUCCGUUGUGGCAGGCGUGUGACUUUCUGUGGCAAGCACACUGCCAUUUUCUCGUUCGAAUAGUUUUCUGUGGUUGCACUGGUUGUGCAAUAUUGGCUUUGAUGUAUUGUUCCAUAAUAGGGGUACAUUGUAAUAACCUGUUUUUGCUACCCUCGGAUACGUACUGCAUUCCUUCAAUAAAUCGAGUCGAUAGUAU